AUGGAAAAGCUCCGAGGCGCCGAAACCGCCGCAACGCAACGUCUCCGCAAAACAUUCAAGUACCCCUCCGAAUCCGACGACGAAGAUGCCGUAGAAGCAGGAAUGGACGAGCAAGACCGCGCAGCCCUCCUCCAAACCCUAACCGCACACGAUACAUCCACAACCCACAAAUACACGCUCUUCCUACUCGUCCUCCCCCUCCUCCCCAUCCUGCUCUACAUCCCCCGCCUCUUCUCCCUCUCCACAUUCCUCCCCAGCAUCGCCGCGAUAGCAAGUUUCCUCGCCUCAGCAUACAUACUGUACUUCCUCCCACUCCCACCCAACAAGGGCGCGAUAAUCGACGACGCGGCGUCUGCGCGCAAAACGAAGAACAACAAACCCAGAAUCGGGAUUUACGACAAGACGCCUAGCUGGGAGAAGACGACGGAAAAAAGCGUGAGGAGGCCUGUGCCGUAUAUUUCCGAGACCACGGCGGAUGCGAUUGCCGAGAAUAUCAUUACGGUGAAUCGUGCCUUGUGUGGAAUUCUCGCGUUAAGUGAGGUCUGGGUAGAACGAGAUUGGAGCCAGGGGUUCAUGGUGGGCGGAGGCUUCUUACCCGGUCUGAUUUGCUUCGUGGUGUUAUGGGCGAGAACAGAGUUACGCAUCAUUGAUAUGGAUGCGCUGGAGGAGCUGAACAACAAAGCUGCUGGACAAUCCAAAGUCAAAUGA